CAAACGUACGAGUGGUGCGAGUCGGGUGGCAUAAAUCAAUAUGGCGGACAUUUUUGAACAUUUUAUUAUAGCUCAGUGAUUUUAUUCGAAAAGUGAAAUAGCAGACUGUCCUUUAGCAGAAGGAAUCUCAGCAAUCUUUUAUUGAGAAAAAUGGCAUCCAGCUUUAGGAAGAAAAGUCAUCGUGGUCGUGGCAGUUAUCCUGCAGGAACUAAAAUUUCUUUACAUAAUAAUCAAUUGUUGAUUUCAACGGGAGUGCCUUCUCUGGAUGGUUUGUUAGGUAACGUAAAUAAUUGAUUGUUUUGUCUUCAAUCAUGCUUUUCGUUCUCGUCUCACAAAUAGGUCUUGAAGUAAAUACCCGUGGGACCUUUGGGGAAUACUCUAAAAUAAUUGAAUAAUUCAAUUUGUCAAUGUCAAACCCAGAACUGCAGAUUAGUCCGGCAAGUGCACACCCGAGAUUUUUCUGGCCAAUGGUAUUGCACACUUAACACAUAUUUCGAAUAUUUCCCAGUUUUGUCAGGCAUUAAAAUAACGACUUCUGAGACAAGUGUAAUAUAACAACCACCUGGCCGCAAAAGAAAAAUGUCCAUUAAAAGUUUCGAAUUUCUUUCUACAAGGAAGCAAUCAUCAUUCAUCAGGUUGUCAUGACUGAACAAAACCAUAUAGCAUGUAAGCAUGGGCACACAAGAACUUUCAAUUGGUCCGAUUUCCACAAAAGGCCACCACAAUUGGCGGUGAGCGAAAAAUUUUUGAAAUUUGGAGUCUCUGCAUGCAUUGUUGGAAAUGGAAUUUUCGAGUGCACACUUAAAUUCCAUUUACAACUCAAUUACAAGGACAUGCAUAUUUUCCUUUUAUAAAGACAUGCAAAAAGUGUGUCAAAAAUAGGCUAUUUUGUGUUAACUUUGUCUUCAAUUGAAAUAUACAUUCUUGUUUGUUUGCCAGAAUUUGGAUUUAGUUAUUUGUACAAAUAAAAUUAAAAUUUAAUAUCAUUAGAAUUGUACAGCUAUACACCCUUUCGAUAAACACGUCACAACCAGUGGUGCCUAAAUUACUUUGAAUUUGUACUCGAGUAAAAGUAGAAGUAAUUAACAAUAAAAUGACUUGAGUAAGAGUGAAAAGUACUGGAAGCAAAAUGUACUAAGUAAAAAGUACCAAGUAUCCUUAAAAAAUACUUGAAGUACAAAGUAAAAGUAAAAGUACUAUUGUCUGUAGCAUGUAGAGGGGGAGGGGAACUUCUCCAAUGGAUUAACAUACAAAAGACACAAAACAACACACAUAUGCGUGCACCGAAUAUACAAUAUUUCACAGCAUGGUCUACUUUCCAUACUCCGUUGAAGAUAUAAGAAAUCCAUUAAAUACUAAAUAAUUCUUAUAAGUAAGUCAUAAAUGACAGAUCUCAGAUGGAUGUAGAGGUCGUAUUACCUUUUCUGAAAUUAAAAUAGAUCAGAAAUAAAUCAUGUAAAAUUAAACAAAAGUUAGAAAGUAACAAAAUACUUCGCCACAAAAUGACUUUGUUCCAAGUAAAAGUACUCAAGAAAAAGUUUACUUUGUUACAUGCUCACUUCUCAAAAAUAGUCGAAAACUGCUGUACUCUGCAGUCUGGUGUCAAACUGUGCUCAUUUAUAUAAAAUAUCAAGAUUUUGUUGGCAUCUCACUCACUUCAGUAGUUGAAGGGUGUUUAAUAUUGAUGGAAAUUAUUGAGUGGAAAUUUAUCAGGUUACUAGGUAGUCUCCAGUGCAUGCUCUGAGCCAAAUGUAGUUUGAAAGGCCAAAAUCUAUCAAAAGAGGGCUAAGAUACCAAAUUAAAGUAGACUGUGAGCAGUCCCUCGGGAGAAAGAGCGACCACCGACAACACAUUACUUAUAUCCAUUUAAAUCUAUCCAAUAGGAACUGUGAAUGUCAUGUUUAUUUAUAAAAUCAACAUUCAGUCUGGAAAUUUUUUAUAGCAUAAUUUAACUAUGUAGUAAUAAAUAGUUAUAAUUUUUAUUUAUAAAUGAAAAAAUUGCUUACCCUUAGAAAAUUUAUGCCAUAAAAUAUUGUCUUUGAUUUUUAAAAAACAUAAACUGCCAUUUUGAAUAUUGAAUUAUACCAAUUUAUCCCCAAUUGUCCCCAUUACCGGCUUAUCUCAAAUCCAUCCAGAAUUCCGGCCUGAAUUUUUAUUCAAAUUCGGUUCCGGCUGGAUUUGAAAAUUCCAAAUCCGAUGCACCCCUAAACUAAAGGGCAAAACCCUCAUAUUAUAACCCAUGGUUUUAAAUGGUCGUUUUCUGAGGCGGACAUCUGUGAAACUUAUUCAAUUGUUGUUGGUUAGUUAUAAUUAAUAUUAAAAUUACAAUUAGUUGAAUUUUAUAAACUGUGACUGGCUAAAAAGUCAACAAGAUUAUCCCAUAUGAUUAUCUUCAGAAAUUUUCAUUACAAUCCUCAGGAAUUUGUUUACCAAAACAAUUACAGUAAACUGGUAUUUACAAUUGAAGUCAAUAAAAUUUUUAACAAUCCUUUGUUCAAAGUGAAAAGAGGCCAAAAAGAAGCCAAAAGGCCAAGUUAAGUUUUUUCCAAGGUCAAGCCCGCAGUAAUUGGCCAUUUGCUGUUGCGGUCACCCACCUGUGGUCAUGUACUGUAUUUCAUUGUGACACGUAUGUUAACUUUGUUUUUAUCCUGUUAUGUAAUGUACUGUUUCAUCGGCAAAGUUUAUAAAUUUAUAAAAAAAAUUAAGCAAGAAAAAACGAAGCCAAAAUCGAGUUAUUUGGCCUCAAAAAGGCCAAUCCACCAACAAUGAAAUUUAUAAUACAUUUUAUUAGACCUAACCAGAUGAUUCCGCAGGGCCGCACAUUCAAUUCCUGCCAUGGACCUACUGUACAGUUCCAGCAGUUCCUGUUAGGUCUAAUGAUUUAUAAUUAUAUAAAUUUCCACGAUAAUUUCCAUCAACAACACCCCUCAUUUAUAUAAGACAGCUUCGGAUUGAUAGGCCAUGAGGAUACAAAUACCUUAAGAAUACGAGGAUCAUUUGACAUUCUCAAACCACAAGGAAUAUGCCUACUGUAAAACCCAGGAUGCAUUCCAUGUAAACUUUACAGCUGAGAUGUGGUCAAUAUGUCAUUUUGGGGACUAAAACCCAAGUCAAAAUAGAUAAUCCUAGUGUGUUCUUUUAAGACUGUAAAAUAAUCUUAUGCCAAUAUACCAACAGAUUUGAUUAAUCUCACACCAAUACACCAACAACUUUUGUAACCUCAUGUCGUGUAUCUCCAGCCUACAGUAGAGUGCAUGGAAUGCAGUCUAGCCUAGAACUCUUGGAUGCAACCUACUUACAACUUGAAUUGUACUGUGUAAAUCAAGCACAACACUCACAGUACAACAAUGUAGACAAGAAUUUCUUAGGGUUAUACUGUAGGUAUGACUGAAAUAUAUCCUCAACAUGAGGUGUGUGGAUAUUAUGGCCCGGGAUAUUAUCCAAAAAUAUGUCAACAUGUUUUCUCGGCCCUGGGGAGUAGGUGAGGGGGGGGGGGGAGUUUUUGUGUUGGUUAUACCAGCCAUUCCAGGAAGGAAAGAGUACGAUUGCAAUAAAUCACAUUGGGCUUGUUAGGCGUGUGAUGAUGUGCAAUUGUUUUUCUAUACUGAAUGUGCUGGGCAUUUGAUUCAUACUGGCAACAUGAUCUCUUCCCAAAGUUAAUGCUAUCUAGAUGUCUUAAUUGUGAAAAUUGCCAAAAUUAAGACAUACUAUACUGUAGCCUUAGGCAUAGGGGUGGGAUAAUUUAAAAACAGUUGUAAGAUUUACAGUAGAUUAGGGAUUAACUGUAUGGAGUAGGGGUUCACACUUCAAGGCAUGCAUGUAUGAUUGCAUACCAUUUCCAGGAUGGUCUGUUCAUAGGCAUGAUGUGAUGCAUUUUCCCGGAAUUAUACGUCUUGAAAACACUGAUUUUAAAAUUGUAAAAUUCGUUGAAAAACUGUGAACAAACCCUGAAUAACCUUUGACCACAACAUUCUUCACUCUGUAUUGACAAAUUGAUUGAUUGGUGUUUUGACUUUAGGUGGUGGUCUUGCUGUUGGAACAGUAUUGUUAGUUGGUAUGUUUAGAAAAUUUAAUGUUUUAUAGGAUUGAAUGCAUGGAACCAAUAUUUAUUUAUUUAUUUAUUUAUUUAUUUAUUUAAUAGCUUAGCCCUUGUACAAAUAUUAAUUAUUAGCACAUGGCAGGGAAUCUGCAACAGCGCAAGCCAAUUACUGCAGCCCCUUUAAAACUUAACAACAACAAACAUAAUGAUAAUAUAGGAACGAGUUGUUUCCUUGUCCUCAGAGGCAAGUCAUGAGAUACUACUUGACACUAAACCAACUUUUAAACUCAUAUAAUAACGAGAGAAACGAUAUAACAAGGAAUACUGCUUGAGGAUAACGAACUAACUCUUUCCAAAACAUGCAACAGACGAAGACACAAUAUCUACAUGCAACACGAGAUCGGAUUGGUAAGACUACGAACACAAUUACACUUUAGACAGAUUGUUUUGUACGAACGAGGAUCGUCAACGUUGUAAGAAGUUCUUAAUGAAGUCAUAUAAUAUUCAUAAAGAAUAGACUUGAAUGUCGAGAGACCACAAGUCUCCAGUUUUAGUUCUUCCGCUAGAAUGUUCCAGACACGGGUUGUUCGUAUGAAGAAGGAUCGUUGGUGGGUGGUUGUUUUGCAUUUGGGUAUGAUGAACUUGGUGGCAGUACUGGUGGAAGAUCUGGUAGGUCUCGAGGUUCGGAUGGUUGGAAUGAGAGGAGGUUUAACAUUCACCAGACUAUUUACUAUUUUAUAGAAGAGGACCAUAUCCAGGUACUCAUGCCAAUAGCAAAUCGGUAGUAGGGACAGGGUUAGCAGUCUAGAGGUGUAGUCUGUAGUUGAGGCGAAAGGUAGCUCAAGGAUAAAUUUUGUCGCUCGCCUCUGCGUACGUUCUAUUUGCUGUAUUAGAACAACUGACUGCGGAGACCAUAUCUGCGUUGCAUAACCCAAGUGAGGUCGCACCAGAGCCAAAUAUAAAAUACGUCGCACCGCGGUGUUGUGGAUGUACAACGUUGACCUUCUGAUAUAGCCCAGUAACUUAUUUGCUUUCGCCGACUGAUCGUGAACUUGUUUGUUCCAGGUGAGGUUAUUCUGGACCCACACUCCAAGAUCACGUUCACUAUUAAUUUGUUCUAAAUUUGAUGAUAGUUUGUAUGUUGUUGUUAGUGGCGUGAAUUUUCUGGUGAUGUGUUGGGCUUUGCACUUCUUGUCGUUGAAUGAGAGGCCAGACUCGGACGACCAAACUCGCAGGUUGUCCAGGUCAUUUUGUAGGUGUUCGCAGUCGUUCUUAGUUUUGAUGGUUGAAAACAGUUUUGUGUCGUCUGCGAACAUUGCAACUUGACUGAAUUUCACAGCAUCAGGAAGAUCGUUGACAUACAGGGCAAAGAGGACAGGACCAAGUAUGGAGCCUUGAGGAACACCUGAAGUAACUGGGAGGGUGGCAGAAGUGGCUCCAAGUACAGUUACACGUUGUUGGCGAUUCGUGAGGUAGGAGUCGAACCAUUGGAUGAGGUUGCCGCCAAAUCCAGCCAUACGCAGCUUUUGUUUAAGUUUCGAGUGACUGACUUUGUCAAAAGCCUUUGACAGGUCCAAGUAAAUAGCAUCUACUUGACCGCCAUUAUCUAAUUCCGAGCCGAUGUAGUCCAGGACUUCCAAGAAGUUAGUAACGCAUGAUUUACCAGGAAUAAAUCCAUGUUGCAGUUUCUGGAUCAGCUGGAACAGAUGAUCUUUGAUGUUAAAGAAAACGCAGCGUUCUAAAACUUUCGAAAGGAUUGGUAGCAGUGAGAUUGGCCGAUAAUUUUCAGUGUGUUCUCUUUGGCCUUUCUUAUAUAUUGGAACAAUGUUCGCUAAUUUCCAGUCCUGGGGAAAGAUACCCUGCUCUAAUGAUUUGUUGUACAGCUUACACAGAGAUGGUGAGAUUACGGAAGCUGUCUCUUUUAGUAGACGUGCGGGAAUGCCAUCGGGUCCAGUAGCUUUCGUACAGUCAAGAGAUCCAAGUACUGCUUGCACUUCCUCAACUGAGAGGGCGAGAUCUGUCAUUACUGCAGGUUCAGCUUGCUCAUGAUCAGCUGUGUCCUCGUAAUUGUCAGCUGAUGUAUAUACUGACGUGAAGUAUCUGUUGAACAUAUUGGCAAUAUCAGUUGGGUUAUCUGCGCUGAAUCUCGCCGGGUCUUGGUUGGUACCUGAGUUUACCGCAGAGGAAACAGUGUUAGGAAUGUUUCGCGAUUUCGAUUUCUUCUUUAUUAUUGACCAAAGGCGUUUUGGAUUUUGUUUAAAGUUGUUUCCUAGCGAAGUAAAGUAGUUUUCCCGGCUCUCUCGGAGCAUAUUCUUAACGGACGUACGCAGUUCUUUGAAUUUCUGCGCCAAAUGACUGGUCGGGCAUGAUUUCAAUUUCCUUCGAACAGUGUUCUUUUUGUUGAUAAGGUUUAAAAUGUUCCCUGUAAUCCAAGGCAAAGGAUUACGUCCUUUUAUUUUCUUACAUGGAACGUACUUUAACACCGUUUGGAGGAAGGUAUUUUUCCAACUUUGCCAGUCAUCGUUUAUGUCUUCGUGAUCUAGAUUUGAACACAAGUUCUUGGCCGACAACGCAGAACGCAAUCCUUCGAAGUCUCCAUUUCCGUAGUCGUAUACGUAUCUACGAGUUUUUGUCUGAAUCGUAACAAACGCGUUAAGUUCGUAGAAAACGACGGAAUGGUCCGUAAAUACAGCAGCGUUUUCUGGAGUCUCAAUUUGGGUUAUGGUGACGUGUUCCGGGACACUAGUGAUCAGAAGAUCAAGAAUGUUAUCUCCGCGGGUUGGAAAGUUAUUAACUUGAGUUAGGAAAUGAUCGUUUAAAACUUCGAUGAAAGGGUGGCCGUUCGUUUUGUUUGCCAUGGUGUUGUCCCAGCUAAUAUCUGGCAGGUUGAAAUCGCCGCAGAUAAUAUGUCCUUUCCUCCUGAGAUGCAUAGUGAUAGGAUCAUAGGAUGCUCUAAAACAGAGGACAUUACUGUGAUAAUACCAUUUCCCUCAUUACCCCUGCAUAUAUACGCUUUUGUCUUCUAAAUUUCCCUGGGAAAUGUUGUUGAAAACAAAAGAUUUCUUUGUCUUUUAAUUCGCCCUUGCAUGCUUGGUGAGGGAAAAUUAGAAGACAAAUAAAUAUUUUGUUUUAGAAGACAAAAGCGUACCCUAUUACCUUUUAUUGGAGAGCUGUACUAUACCUCAUCGAAAAUCAUCCACACAACAGUAUGGACAGUGUCUGACGACACCGUCCCGUACACAUUCGAACAAUCACUUUGCCAGUUAGUAUUCCGCAAUCUUGAACAUUUCAAUUGUGGGAUAAAAUUCGGUUUAUGCGCAUGCCUAAAAAGAAUGAACACAGAGAUGUGUUUCUUUAUAUGAAAAGUGUUCAUCCCACAAUCAUAAGACAAUCAAACAGCAUUCAAAUGAGACCAACACACCACGCGCGAUAUCCUCGGUAAUUAUAAUAUAUUAACAAACUAAUAACAUGACUAGUGGGGAAAUUAGCGAUUAAAUUGCCCGACGCCGAGGGAAAAUUUGUGAAAGUCCUUGGGCUUCCGACUUUCACAAACCUUUCCUCGGCGUCCAGCAAUUUAAUCGCUAAUUUCCCUCUAGUCAUGUUGCUAUAUAAAUAUUAACUAAGCUCAUCAGCGAAUUGGUCGGGACUUUAUCAUCAUAGAACUGUUUACCUUUGAAUCUAUUCCUGCUUUCAGAGCUGGGACAAGCUCUCAACGCCGAAUCUCCACAUGCACAUGCAAUAAGAGAGUAGUCAUGACAAUAACACCAGAACGCUGUUGAUUCAGAGUGAUUCAACUAUCUGUGAGGUGUAUAUUAACUACUGUACAAGUAAAACGUCUACAUUUUGUGCGAGGAGGCCCUGCCAGAGGGCAUAUAUGGUUGCAUUUUAUUGCAAACUGCUCUUACUGUCUGUAGGUCUAAAUUCCAUCCACAAUAAUCCAUCAACUGUUAGUUCUAUCGAGCAAGAUCUCCGAAAAUCUCCUUGUUUAUCUUGUGUAUUUUAGAGGAGGAUAACUAUGCAUGUUAUGCCAACACUUUGUUCAAGUGUUUCCUUGCUGAAGGCGUUGCCUCGAGACAUUCCUUGUUCUUAGCUACGGCACUUCAAGAUCCUCAUGAAAUUUGGAAGGUGAGCAUUACAUUUAGUUGAAGAAUCUUGUAGAUGGAAAUUAUCCAGUGGAAAUUUAUACAUUUAUUAUAUGGACAAUGGUGUUUUACUGGAAAUAAACAGUAAAAGCACUCGUAGAACUCAUAUGCCACUACAUCCGGGACCAGAUGUGCGUAAAGUAUUUUCCAUAUUUCACACUUGUUUACAUAGGGAGUUCGAAAAUUUCGCGCCAUUUUCAUUGUUGUUGUUUUAAAUACAAAUGGUCUUUGGUUCUUAUAUAAAAACGAAAUUAACGUUGAAAAUAAAACGAAAACACUUAAAGGACAUCUUGAGAUGAGUAAAAUUCACUCUUGUUUUAUGUUUGCACUAUAAUUUAAAAAUAUCACUUUUAUACUGGAAUAUUGCGUGCUUAUUUACAUGUCGUCUGUAUAUAUUUUUGUCACUCUGAAUAAGUCCAUAUAACAAACAGAACAUUAAACGGUUGCGGAAGAUAUGGAUAUAUGUAUGUUCUCAUGUCAAAAACAAUAUCUCACUCGCGAGAUAGUGCUUUUGUCACUCGAACAUAAAAUCCAUACUACCUUGCAACCGUCUAAUAUCCUCUAUUUAUUACACCUAACCAGGGACAACUGCGAAAAAUGCAACUUACUAUAUGUCCCUGGCAAGAAUCGAAGGAAUCUCGAUACCGGUAUUUACCUGUCCCAUACAGUAACCUAAACAUUGCAGUAGCCAAUAUAAUUAUAUACAGUAUACAUGUACAUGAAAUUAACUUGUGGUUAGAGUUCGACAACUGGCCUCUGUAGCUCAGUUGGUUAGAGCGCUGCACCGGAAUCGCAGGGCUGCAGGUUCGAUUCCUACCAGUGACCUAUAGUUACAUUUUUCGCAGCUGUUCCUGGUUUGGUCUAAUAAAUGUAUAUAAAUUUCCACUCAAUAUUUUCUAUCCACAAGACAAGAAUCGAGUGAGAUGCCAAUCUCAGCAUUACAUUUACCUUAGAUACCAUACACCUGAUGCCAAAAACGGAUGUCACCUGAGCCCUGAGGUCAAAAAUUAAAAAAUUGUUGGUUUCCGACCGACCUGUUAAAAUGUCUCCGACCAUAACCAUCUUACUUACACAAAUUCAAAAUAUACAGUGCUUAUACGGUAUAAAACAGAACACUGAAUCACUGCAGGGUUCCUAAAGUUCGCUGUCUAUUGCCUAGAAAAUUGCCGGCUAUUUCUCAAAAUUAUUACCCAAAAUUGUUCCUCCCUACCACAGAUUGAAAUGUCAAGGGAAAAAUUUAUUGCUUUCCUAACAAACAUUUUUAACGAUAUUCUUCAUUUGGGUAAUACUGUAAGAGAAAAUUAACAUUUCAUUAACAAAUCAAAUUUACAUGUGCAUAGUGUAUGAUCAAAUGCACUUCGAGUGUUACUCUUACCUGCUGUAAUUACAUACUUACACGGCUAAAAACGCACAGGUUGUUCCAAGUUGAUAUCGACAGGCGUGAACAAUGUUGUGCGGCAACUCUGAACAAGUUGUCAACCAUGUUGUUCCAAGUUGUUACAGUUGAACAAUGCUGUAACAACAUAUUGACAAACUGUUCAUAGUGGGCCGCACAACCUUGUUCACACAUGUUGAUAUCAACCUGGAACAAGUUGUUGAUUUUCUCAAUUUUUACGCGUGUAGUCUAGACUAUAAAACAACGGUAACUCCAAAAAUAAACAUUUUAAUAUUCAAAUGUUUAUUUUCGGAGUUACCAUUGUUUUAUACUUUAUUAAAAUACUCAGUGGUUCCCGUAAUUUUAGUCUAGACUAUUUUUAUCUUUUUCAACAACAAUUUUGAUAUUACUUUCUUAACUGUGUUUAUCUUAACCAAUCCUGUCAACUUUUCCUUUGGGAGGAAACCAGAACACACACAGAAAACCCAGGACCUUCGGCAGAGCGUUGACUGACUCUUUUCACAUGAGAUCCGAAGCGAGAAUCGAACCCACGAGGUGAAAUCAGUGAGCUCCAUAUAUAUCUGGAGUAGGAACUUGGUUGCUCAAAGUGAAGCCAGUUUCGUGUUAACCGCGCAUACAAAAACAAUAGAAAGGGACUGGAACUGACGUCCAACAGCUCCUUCAAUUUCCGCCAUCUUGGCAAGGAGUGUGUUGAAAUUUCGUAUUUUGACUUCGAUUAAAAGAAUAAUAUUGUGAUUUUAUGAACUGAAAACUUGAUUAGUGAUACGGUCCAUUGGAAAAACUGGAAUUAGCUGAGGAAAAUGGUAGAAAAACUGUUUACGACCUUCAGAGCUAUUGGACGUCAAUGGCCGCCGUCUUGGCUUCACUUUUCUCAUUGACCGAAUGACUGAAGUUCUUACUCCAGAUAUAUAUAGAGCUCACUGGGUGAAAUGCGCUUGUUCUGACGAUUGCACCACCAAAGCCAAUGGUUGAUCAGGGUAAAUUCCCUUUUCCAUCGCAAUUCAAUGUAAUUUUUUUUUAGAAUUUGCCUUGCGCUGUUGAUGAUCUUAAUGCGACAUCUAAAGUGCCACCUGAAGGAGAUAAUUCCAUGAAAAUUGCCUGGAGAUAUGAGAACAUGCCGAAAGUUGAAGUAGGUUACUGUCAUAGAACAGGUGGAAGGGUUUUGUGGACGGAAUGUGCGAGUGUGAAUAUAUCUCGACAACUGCAUGGCAGCGACGGGAAUGGCGGAAUCGCAUGACCAUACUGUAGGUUCGAUUCUUGCCAGAAGGUCUAUAGUUGCUUUUUUCGCAACUGCUCCUGGUUAGGUCUAAUAAAUGUAUUUAUUGUACAUUGUAGUUGGUAAAAGCAAUUUGAUUGGCUAAGAGCUUACAGUUAAAUCGCGCAAUCACGCAACCUACACAAAAUUCAGUCAUCUGCUAGCAGAUAACUCAGUUAUUUGCUAGCAGAUAACUGAAUUUUGUGUAGGUUGCGUGAAAUUGAAUGAGUGUACAUUUCAAAUGAAUGUACAUUUCAUAAUUGUAAUGUUUACUUUAACAAGUAAAUAUUUUAAUACGUUAACAUCUUAACGAUUAUAUGUUUCUUUUAUAUUUGUAAUUAAUUUAACUGUUGGACUUCCAGAGACUUGUUUAUAGAAACGUUUUACUUGAACAGCUUUGCCAGAAAUCAUAUUGAAUAUAACGUUUACCGAGACCUUGAUAAUUUUGCAUAUCGCAAAAACCGAAUUCAAUAAUUGUUUUAUUAUACAUUUGAAGAAUAAUAAACAUAGUACUAUGUUUAUUAUUCUCCAAAUGUAUAAUAAAACAAUUAUUGAAUUCGGUUUUUGCAAUAUGCAAAAUUAUCAAGGUCUCGGUAAGCGUUAUCAGCCUCGCCUUCGGCUCGGCUGAUAACGCUUACCUCGACCUUGAUAAUUCGCAUAUCACAAAAACCUCAUCCAAUAAUUGUUAAUAAUCUCACAUGUGAGAUUAUUCAUGAUAAUCUCACAUGUGAAAAUUAUCGCUUCUCAAUUAUCGCUUUUCUGUAAAAAUAUCGCUUUUCAAAGACUGUCCUUUAUAUAAUAUACAGAAAAAUACAUGGGUGCUUGGAAAUACCAGAUUUAUUUCUAGUGUUGAACAUGAUAUCUCACUCGUUGGCUGCGCUCACUCGUGAGAUAUCAUGUUCAACACUCGAAAUAGAUCUAGUAUUUCCGCGCACCCAUGUAUUAUUCUCUAUAUAAUUCACACUCGGAAUUUCAUAUCCACAAAACCCUUCUACAUGUAGUUACAUGGAGUAUAGAUACCCCAAAUCCUGGUAAGUCACUGUUACACCUCCCUCCCCACAUGUAGAGAUACACGGAGUAUUAGUGAUUUGAAUGGCUCAACAGCACCUCCGCAAUGAACCUGGAGGACUAUCCUAUACCAUCCGGUAUCCGGCAAAACAGUAUCCGACACACCCUUCUGUAAGAAUCACUGGAAUUGUUUCAAAAUCCUUGCUAUGGAAAUCGUUGAAAAUAGUAUGGAAAUCUAAUUUUCAUACUUAUUGCAAUUUCCAUACUAUGGAUAUAGUAUCGAAAUAGUAUGGAUAUACUAUGGAUUUAGUGAUGCAAUUGCAAAUCUCAUAGUGUGGAUUUCACUAUUUUUUCCCAGUGAAUGUUCAUGUAAUUUGCGACAAUAAUAAUUGCUUCUCCAUUUAAUGUUUAGUCGAACCCGACAGCUGUGAAAUUUGGCCAUUUCUUUGAUUUUACGAGAACCGUUGAUGUGGCCAGAAUGAAUAAAGUUUCAAAAUACGAGUAUAGGUCAAGAGAUAACUGGUCAGAGGAGGCCGAGAAGCCAUCAUCUCGAUCAAGGUAGUUUUCGCAUGAGGCUACGUUUACACUAUACCGGAUAGCUUUCCGUAGCGACGUGAAAAAUACCUAUCCGUACCUUUUAGGAACGCUAUUAUCAGAGGAAUUAAUUCAACGGCGAGAUGUUGUUUCGCAGAUUCGCUCAGCUUCUGAAAGUUGUAUAUUCCGCAUCGAAUACGUGCUUUUUCGUGUUGGUACGGAAAGUGUAUUUAGCUACAACACAACCAGGUUGUGCCCGUGCUUCUGAAGUUUCUAUUUCAAAUCACCCGAAAAAUUGCCUAUUAUUAGAAGUACUGUACAGUACUACUACUGAAACGUUUUAUAUCAUAGCGACACGCAUGGUUGGUUUAGAGGAGACAUGUUUUGUUGUGUGGAUUUUUAUAUGAAUGCUUUGUAAUUGACCUUGAAUUACAACCAAAAUCGCGUACUUUUCCUGUGAUUGUCAUUUAAUACACGAAUUGCACGCAAAAUUCGUGUAGUUGACUCUCAUUAGAGCUUCGUGUAAUUAAAAUUGUCUUUUGUUAGAUUUGUACAAUGGUUCUUGUAGUUGUGCAGUGCACGAGGUGUGCGUGUAUUUGAGCCCCACUGUACGCUUGGUAGGUCUAUCAGUGCAUUUUUUAAGGCUUUUUCAGUGGUGGGGCAACUCUGUCAAAAGGCCCAUUUUCCAUGCCCCCUCCCCCCAGGAUAGUAUUGUAUGCGAUCGCCGAGUACCGUAGGCACGAGAUAGCUAGGGGGAUCUGAGGGCAUGCCCCCAGGAAAUUUUUAAAAUUUGGGUCUCUGAAAUAGCAUUUCCUGCAUUCUGAGAACACUUUAAAAAAAUAUCAGCUUCUCAAAACACAGGCGACCCAAUUUUGCAAGGGUCAGUAUAGUAAAUAUUGUAAAAAUAUGUCAUAAAAUAUAAAAUGAAAUUGACUUGCCCACUUGAUAGUGUGUAUUCUCCUUUUAUUACUCUUUUGUUGGACUAAUAUUUUCCAACGUCUCCGCGGAAAAUAUUAGUCCAACAAAAAAAUAAUAAAAGGAGAAUACACACUAUCAAAUAGGCAAGUCAAUUUCAUUUUAAAAUUUAUAUUUUAUGACAUAUUUUUACAAUAAUAUACAUUACUAUACUGACCCUUGCGAGAUUGGGCCGCCUGUGCUCAAAACAAAGCUUUAAUGGUGAAAUUUGUAACAAAUAAUAGUUUUUAAUCAGACUGUGUCACUCAAAUAUUUUAGCUUCUUUCCUUCCUAUCCAACUGGGAUUAGAUAAUUUGCCGACUACCUGACGCCUGGGAGUGUUCCAACACCCACACCCAUCCACCACCCACCCGUUUAGCACCACCCUUGACUGUUCUGACUUUUAUAAGAUGGAAUGUCGAGAAUGUGAGAGGAUAUGAGAAAGCAGGCAGAUGCAGCCUUUUUAACAAGGUUGACUUUUUACUAAUGAUCAAAAGGGCCGAGUUCAUCUGAGAAUCUUGUUUCACUACUGGGGCAAACAAAGGGCCUACUGGGAUAAAUGCCCCAGUAGUUAUAUAGUUAAAAAAUGCCCUGCCUGGUAUUGUGAUCAGCAUUCUUUUCUGGACGAGAGAUGAGCACGAAUUUAAAUCCAACUAACCUUUUAGGUCGUUAUUGAAUCCGGAAUACCAGAACUUGUUAAAUUCAAUAAAGAAAGUAGUUGACGAAAAUGGUCAUUCAACGUCUAAUAAAGAGGUAAAUCUUUUCAUUUUAUGCGCAUAUCCUUAAAAUGGUUUCAGGGUUUACUUGACCAUUGUGUACAAUUUGCCUUGAAAGAUUUUUGAGUGAAAGUUUGAUGACGAUGCUGCACAGCUGCAGUUUGGAAUUUUUACCACUUAUUUCGAUCUCCAGGGAUGAUAGUUAACAUUUUUUACACUUGAAGUCAACACGAGCAAUACCCAUGCAAAGUAUUGUAACUGGAUGACUCCAUGCAUUGAAACACAGAGUCGUAAUUAGAUUAAUUGUGCCGGAAGUUCAAGUUAAUUUAUUGCAUUGCUCACUUAUUGCGUUUCUGCACUAUGGUUUAUCAAAUUUUGCGCUAUUCAAUUCCUUCAAUAUCGAGUUUGUUAGAACUUCCUUGCAUUGAGGACACUAUUUUCCAUUGUACUAAAAAGCGAGAACAAAAUAUUAUCUUGCCGUGAAAAUAUGAAAUACUGUUAGUGAAUUACAGUAUUGACAGAUUUCAGAUUGUAAGUUACGUUUUAAUUGUAGCCAUACAUUUAAUGAUAUUCAAGUAAUAGUCUGUAACUCUAUAUUCACUAUAAGAUUUAUGUACUGUAUGGUGUAAUUUUCAAUGUAAAACGUCCGAAAGACUUAUCUGUAUCUGGUCAAAAUAAUGUUUAUCCAACCCAUGUGUCACUGUACUUAAUAAUUAAACACAACAAGAUUAUGGUGACAGAAAUCAAGUCACCUAAAUUCUAAAAGCUUACUCACACCAUGGAUUGUAAAAUAACUGGAUAGGAAACUGCCUGACGUCAUUGACUCAUCCUUGUUGGAAAACGUGACGUCACGCGUAUUGCGAAUAUUACCAAAGUUCUGGGCAUUUUUGUUGUUUUGCUAUAUUUUCCACUUUGAAAGGGUGAUAUUGAAGCAUAAACUGGUCUAAUUGUUUUAAAAACAUGCCUAAGCCACGACAAAGUAUUCAAGGUAAAUGUUUUUCGUCUUUGGUUUGUAUUUUUUUUACAUUUGUAGCUACGAAAUUGGCGUCACAAAUUUUAACAAAGCAAUCACGUUCCUACUAAUCAAUGAUAGAGUCCUUCCUCAAUCACUGAUGGUCUAUUUUUGUACAGAAUGUAUUGUACACAUUUUUCUUCAUAUUUUCCAAUUAAUGCAUGGUGAUUUUGGCUUAAUUUUAUAGCUGACAGACAGCCAUAAAUGUUUUUUACCCAACCCAUGAGCUAGUCAAAAACUUGAUUACCCAACCCAUAUCUCUUCGGUACCAACCCCGGGUAUAAAUAAUGAACGGUCCCUAAGGCUAAGAUGAAUUUAUACAUCUAAUCAUACAUCCACGACGACGACGACGACGACAACAACGACAACAACGACGACGACGACGACGACGACGACGACGAUCAAACAACCGAAAUGACAACUCAAUAACAACUUUGCUCAGGUAACAUGCACGCGUACUAUCUUUUUGGCUUCGGACAUGCGCAGAUCAGGCAUGCGUCGGUUCCAGGAACACUGCAGGGGGUAGGGAAUUCCCCAUUUUAGUUUCAUUUUCAAGUUGACUGCUAUUUUUUCGGUCGUCGUGAUUUUCUUAUUAUUGUUUCGCGGUAAAGUAUACACUGUGAUACUGGAAUAAAUAAAUACAGAAAACUGGAACUAUUUCAAAUGGUCGUGUAGUACAUUUCUGGUGCAAAUGUAAUCAAAAUAUGGUUGUCCGCAUUUGCUACUUCCGCUCCACAAUAUCAAUGGCAAACAAGAAUUAGAUUGUCUGCUUCGAUAUUUCAGUGAUAUCCUGUGCAUUUCACAAACACUUAUUGCUUGGACACUACACCAAAUCUCUUUACAGGUACGUUUAUUUAACUGGUGUGUGCCAGUGUAGGUAGUGGCAAUGAUAAGAAAGCUUUGGAUCGAUAGAGAUACAACUACUUGAAAAAUACAAGAACUUUUCGCCUUCGCUCGAAUCGUCGAAGUUCUCCUUGUAUCUUGCAGGUAUUUGUAUCCCUGUGAUUCCGCAGCAUUCACGUUAUUUAAAUCAAAACGCAAUUUGAUCAUUACAAUUGUACUGUAAUUACUAAUGUCUGUAAUAUAAAAGCCCAGCAAAUGAUAUGUAAGCAAGUUAGCAAAUAUAUUUUAUUCUUUAAUUUCAUGUCUUAUGAGUUGUAUGCAAGUUUAUACUAGACAGACGAAAAUUGUAUUUUCUGGGAUAACUGAUUGUUACUUGUUUUCUUGAAUGGUGACCACAAAGUCGUUUCUGAGGACUUAAACCUGUUGGUAUCCUUUGAUCUCUGUGAUUUUUGUGAGGGGAGAAUUUGCCAAUUUCUGAGACGGGGUCUGCAUUUUGAUCUUUUUUCUUUGGGGGUAAAAUUUUACUGACCUCACCAAUAGGAGGUGGAUAUUGAAUGGAAUGGCCCAUAUGGUAUUUGGCUGCAUUGAAAGUUUGUCCUGAACAUGAAACUAUUGAUGGAUAUUAUAUAUUUGUGUUUACAAAUGCCGCAUGUAUGUAAAUUUGCUUUCACUAUUCGAAUAUGCUACCUCUAUUUCAGAGGCUUCAGAGAGUUUCGUAGCUAGGGUUCCUGUGUGGUAAUUAGCAGAAUAUAUACAGGCUAGAACUCAGGUCGUAUGUAGGAUUUUUUCAUCAGAGGCCAGUAAUACCUAGUAUAUGCUUAAAUAAUUACCCCAAAUGUCAAUUCAUGCUUAUGGUCACCCCAUACAAAAUCAAUUCCCCCCUUGAUGAGAAAAAUCAUCUGCGAUUAGACAAAGUAAAAUGUUGAGGUGCAUUGCAACAAAAUGGGUUAACUUAUUAGUCAUGCACUUAUGCACUGACCACCAGGUCCAUAUGUGCCAGCCAGCAUAUAGCAAGCCAACUUUGUAAACAAAAUUAUAUAUCCUUUAUGUCACUUAAUAUGAUUUGCAGCUAUAUUAAUCCAAGUAAAAUAUUAGUAUAGCUCGAUCGUCAGAGCAAGCGCCUUUCACCUCUGAGAUUGUGGGUUGGAUUCUCACCUCAGGCUGAUGACAUUAAUGUGAAAAGAGUUAGUCAAUGCUCUACCAAAAGUCAUCGGUUUUCUUUGGGUACUCUUGUUUUCCUCCCACAGGUAAUGUUGACAGGGUGGGUUGCAAUUAGCCCCCUAACUGACCCUUCCACUGUAGCUGUGCUCUGUGAUCAGACAUGAGUCACAAGGUUGUUGCCACAGGCGCCCUUAGAAAGCUGUAGAUUCGAUCAGGUUGGGCUUAGUUAGGAUGCUUAGCACAACCCACUUGCUUGUGUACUUACUUACCUGCUUUCUUGCCAGCAUGCCUGCUUCCGUACAUGGACUGAAUCCUUUACAAAAAUGAUUUCUUACCCUGCCAGUCGUUGGUAUGGUUGAGAUGUGGCAGUAUUUUGGUUAAGAUGUUCCAAAGCCCUAGUUGGAUGAUAGAUACUGUAAUGGUUAAUUAACUAGUAAUUAGAGUCCAGUCCAAGAUAUAAUCCAUGCAUUAUGUGCAUUAAAUAAUUCAAACUACAGUUUCUAAACACUGUAGAAACCAAGACAAAAUAAUUUAUAUAUAAAAAAGGAACUAUCUGGUAUGAAUAUUCUGGUUACAACAAGGUCCUGUCUGGUUAUUUUUCUGUCUUACUACAGUAUAUCUACUUAACCUGACCUACCAUUUCCUGUGUGUAAAUGUUUCAUGUCGUCUUGGUGCACGGCUGCACGCCUGCCUGAGUCGUUGAGGGACAAUAGUGAACUUAAGAUCUACGACGCGGCCGGCUCAACGACGCGGCCUAAAGUUCAGCUCAAGAAUGAGCACUAUAAGCAAUUUGAUUACUGUAAUAAAUAUUUGACGCUUUUUAGCCUUACGAAUUUGACGCUUUUUAGCCUUUUAGCGUAAUAGCCUUACGAACUACUAAGUUCGGCUAAAGCGAUGCAAUGUUUGCUGUAAUUUCGACUUUAAGUAACACGUCUUGGGUCGCAACAAGCUUUUACGUUUCUUGAAAGGCGUGAUAAUGCUUAAGCCUGGCGCACACUAUGCGAUUUUAGUCGGCCGAUAAAAAUCGUUUGACUAAAACCACAGAAUAAAGAUCAGUAACAGAAGGGCAACUCAGCGGUGCAACGUGUCCUCGUUUUUUUAUGCAAAAAUAUGCAGUUUACUGGCCAGAAGGCGGAGCAGCCAGCCAGUACAGCGUGUUUAUUGGCCAGAAAAUGUCAUUGACUGGCUAGGAAAAUGGCGGCCAACAUGCGUAAUGCGACAUGCGCGAGGACAGAAACUUCAAAGCUUCCGACGUAAGUUGCCCUUCUAUGUGGAUCUUUAUUCUAUGCUAAAACUAACAAAAUCGUUGUGUGAGCGGUGUCAUUUUAACCGAUUUUUGUUGCUCGAUUUUAAUCGGACAACAUCAAAACGUUUUGAUAUUAUACGUGGGAAUUUUAAGUAUAACCAAUCAGAUUUCAUUUCAUAUAUUAUCGGUGGAAUUUUAAGUAUAACCAAUCAGAUUUCAUGCUGUGAUCACGUGCUUGUAUUUAUUUGGCAACAUGGCGGCUACAGUUCAGGGAGCAUAUUGUUUUCGUAAUCGUAUGCGGAGUAUACCGAUGUACAGUAUAUCGGUAUGUCAAACGAUUUUUAUCGGCCGACUAAAAUCGCAUCGUGUGCGACGCCGUUGAGAAUACCCCUGGGACCACAAAUUUUUCCCCGUUUUUGUAUUGCAUCACAAAUUUCUUUGUUUUGAAAGCGCGUCGUCGAGCAGGCCGCGUUGUAGAUCGUAAACUCCCUAAUAAACACGUCUGACGACAAUUGAUAGACUGGUAGUACCCAGAAAGAAUAAAUAAUUUUUUGUUUUCACAAAAAAUCUUUUUUAUAUUUCCCUAUUUUUCUUUCAAAUGUGUAGAUCCACUUGAACGUGAUUCAAUUCUUGUUCUGAAAUGAUCAGCUUGGACCAGGGCUUAGACCAACAGUAAGAUAAUCAGUAUUAUUUUUUCAUGUUUAUUAUAAUUCGGAAUACUCUUUGUUCCUGCCAGUGAGCUGCAUGUAUAUCUGGAGCGAGAGGUCAAGUCCAAAACUUGAAGCAAAAGAUGCAAUAUUGGACGUCAAUUUCAGGUCCUUUCUAUUGAUUUUAUCUGCCCGGUCUGCAAGGACUGUGCCGAAAGUUCGUAUUUUUACUUCGAUUUAAGGUUUUAUGAACUGAUAACUUGGAAUUAAAAACAGGGGUUAAGUGGAAAAAUUGGUAUUAUAAUAUAAGUGUGAUAUAACAGACGAUUUGAUUGGCUAAUGUGCAUUGUGACAUAAUAAUGCACUGUGAUCUGUGGCACAAGAAUAAGAAGGUACAGCAGAAGUGUAACUCGAGUCGGUUCCUUUAUUGUUUUACGUCCACGAAAAUUUUAACUCGCUCACACCAUCCUGGCUAGUACAAUCGGAAGUUUUUAUCAGGUUUUGGUAGGUACAAAGUGCCGGUUGUACCAGCCAGUAUGGCGUGAUUGAUGACGAAUCGCUUGUAAAAACGCGGACAAAUACUUGCUUGAGUUACACAUCUGCUGUACCUUCUUAUUCUGUGUCUGUGGCCACUGCCUUGCUCUUUCUCUGUUUUCCCCCGCUUCAUCACUGCUUUUUAGCCAAAAAUAUAAACAAAACUAUAGAGCUUUUAAAAUACAAAAUUUACCAGAAAGCAAGAAGGAAUAGACCAAAGGAACAAAGCAAUUUUCUGUAGUUCUACGUGUAAAAUUAACCGGCUUGGCAUUCGUCGAAUUUGUUGUUGUCUCGACAAGUUUUGGGUAAAAGCGAACAAAAUAGUCGAGAAAAAAACUUGAAAAAGAUGCAGGAAGACCAAAUAUAAGUGAGUGUAAUAUAAGUGAUUUAGAAAGUACCUUCAAUUCUUCUGAUAAUAACUGCUACAGGUAGAUAUAUUUUCGGCGAAAUACAAAAAAUACAAUAAUUUCGAAAAUUAAAACUGAGUAUAUAAAACACGACGAAACCUACGAUUUACCGUCUUUCAUGGCAAGUCCAGCAGCCCAAAUGCUGAAACACUUUGGCAAAUUAGUCUGUGUGUCACUGUUUUUUUAUUUCCACUAUUUUAAACAAUUUUUCCGGCUUUAUAGCAUCAAAAGUUUGUAUAUUGUUUUGGAAAUUUUGCUCCUUCGCUCGCUUAAAAGUUCAAUAGUAAUGGACCAUUCCCCAAUUAACCAAAAUUUUGAACUCAACAAGUAUAGACAAAAAUUUCAUCACAGCUUGAAAGAGCAUCACAAAAUUAGUAAUAUUCAAAAGUUUCGUUGCAAAAUGUUGUAAAAUGCGGAUAAUAUAGCCUUGCGAAGUUUGCAAUUUUCAGUCAUUUUAGAUUACAAACGGGAAAUGGUUACCACUUCUGUGCGUAAUACAAAAUGACUGAAAAUUACAAAAUUCGCAAGGCUAUAUUCGCAUUUUACAACAUUUUGCAACGAAACUUUGGAAUAUUACUAAUUUAGUGAUGCUCUUUCAAGCUGCGAUGAAAUUUUUGUUUAGCCUAGUUAAGAUCGAAAUUUUGGAAAAGUGGUAACCAUUUCCCGUUUGUAAUCUAAAAUGACUGAAAAUUGCAAAUUUCGCAAGGCUAUAUUAUCCGCAUAUUACAACAUUUUGCAACGAAACUUUGGAAUAUUACUAAUUUUGUGAUGCUCUUUCAUGCUAUGAUGGAAUUUUGUCUAGAUGUAUUGAGAUCAAAAUUUUGGUUAAAUGGGGAAUGGUCCAUUAGAUUAUUUACAAAUGUGUUAACGUUACAGUUAAUAUAUAUCGUUAAACAAAAUUUUAAAAGUCAUUAAAAAUUGUUUAAAACGUUCAGUGCAUAUAAAAUAUAAUAAUUAGAUUAUUUACAAAUGUGUUAACGUUAUAGUUAAUAUAUACCGUAUAACAAAAUUUUAAAAGUCAUUAAAAAGACACUUACUUAACGAAAACAAGAAGGGGCCAAGAACUGUACCUUGAGGUUCUCCUCUGUUGAUGUUGACAAAAUUGACAACAGUUCCAUCUACAGCAACUCUCUGUUUCCUACGCGAUAUAAAAUUAAUGAGCCAAUUGAUAAUAUAUGCAUGGAUUAAGAUUUGUUGAUUUCAAUGUCUGUGUUAAAAUAUCGUUGACUUCACUUUUCUCAUAGGCCGGAUGACUGAAGUUCUUGCUCCAGAUAUAUAUAGAGCUCAUUGGUUGCUGGCAUUUUUCAAUUCUUGCUAAAUAUAUAUAUAUAUAUAUAUAUAUAUAUAUAUAUAUAUAUAUAUAUAUAUAUAUAUAUAUAUAUAUAUAUAUAUAUAUAUAUAUGUUAUUUACCGCCUGCGAGGUCCGUACUGAAAAAAUAUUUUUCCGAGGUCUCAGAAGCGGGCCGAAGGCCAACUUCUGUUUUCUAGUUGAGUAGAAAAGCAUCUAUUGCAAUGAAACUAAAAGCUUUUUACCCAGCUUUUAUUGCGUCGUUUUAGCAGUUUGUCAGCCAUGCUUGCACUAAAGUAACAAACGCAACUGAUCGAUCUCAAAUGUACUUCGCAACUGGAAUUUUAUCGGAAUUCAUUCUAACCAUAAAAAAAUAAACACGUUAUUUACCGUUUAGGUCGGUCCGUACUGAAAAAAUAUUUUCCGUCGGCCUCAGAAGCGUCCCUCGAACAAAGUAAAAACAUUUAUUUUCCGAUUCGUUUUGCAGCAUGGACAUGCUUGAAAAAUGCUUUUUGACAGACAAAUACAAAUUUUAGUUGCCGAAAAACAAGUUGUUCUUUUAAUACAACAUUUACAAAAACAAUUCUGCCCGAAUAUACCCAGGAAUCGUCUUUAAACUGCCAUUUAAGGUUGUUUUGUUUUAAAUUUUAUUUUUAAGGACAAGUUGUACGUUGUACUAUUUAUAUUUAUACGUAUAUUUUCGAAGAAUAGCUGAAUAUAUGUAGAACAUUUGAAUCAAAACAUGUAGCAUUGGCAAGUGUUUUUCGAUGUUUAUAUUUGUUUUUUUACACAUGCAGUUUGGUCGGAGAAAAGUACAUUUCGGGCUUGGCACUAAGUCCACUGAAGCCAAUUCACUGUAUUUUACUGUCUUUAGUUUCGAUUUUUAAACUUUUUCGGUAGUGUUUUGAGUUUGAAAAUUGUCUUCACUCCUCGGUUUUUCGCGAAAAAAUAACUCUUUUGGACCACGGUCAAGAUAUCGUAAAAAGCUGCCCGCUGCUGCAGCCAAUCAGAUUGCACCAAAUCAAAAAAUAUGACUAGACAUGCACAAAUAAACAAAUUGCCUUUUCAAUUUUGAUGUUGGUAAGGUAAUCAUUCAAGGCUUUAUUUAGAUUACUUGUUCGACACAACGUUAAACGUUGCGCACAAGAAACUAGUAGGAUCAUUAUACAAUUUCAUCGUACCUAAAAUUGCUAUCCUCAAUCCAGCCAUUUAAACUGAUUAAUACCGGCGGAAGCAGUAUUUGAAACUUUUAUCUAUGUAAUUUAUUUAGUUCUUAUUUUUCGCACUUUCUUUUUUAUCAUUAUUUCUAAUUCUCCAUUUCCCGUUUAUACUAUGAGAAAUGGCAGUCUUUCCUUGUGGCCAAGAAAUCACUCAGAAUCACUCUUAUUUGAAUUUAACAACAACGAAUAUUCCAAAAUCGUAUCUUUUAGAAAAGAUCGACUUUUCGAGCGCAGACCCUUCGUUUGACGUUUCCUUGCCUUUCAUUUAGGUACGACCAAACGUAGACCGUUUAUUUUAUACCGAGUAAAAAUUUUUAUUUUAGGGAGAUCAUCCCCGCGUUGGGACGACCAUUUGAUCUUGGCAUGUUAUAUGAUAUUCGUACAGAUAAACUGAUUGCUGGCAAAAGACUGUGGUCUCCAAAGGAGCUAAAAUCUAAUGUGAAUAUCGUGCCUUGUCCGCGCACAAAUACAGAAGUAGUUUGUGCUAAUAAGAUUUCGGAGCAAUUCUUAGCAUGUCAAGUAGACGGGCAUCUAAAAUUGAACGUUGUGUGCAACAGUUUCGACCUGCAAGGUUCAGCUGCCUAUUUGAAAGAUAGUAAACAUUCAAAACGUAAAGCUCGAGUUGUUCUCAAUUUUGAGACAAGGACACAACUUCGAGAAUUAACUAUGGAACACCUGAAGAACACCAAGAUUUCACAUCCCGAGAUUUUAGACGAAGAUAUUGCGACCCAUGUUGUGGUUGGUAUAGAAUAUGGAGGGAAGAUUACCAUGGAGUUUGCUCAAGAAGUUAAGGGAAAAAAAAACUUGCAAAAAUUGCAAGUUGAGUUACAGAUGUUCGUGGAGAAGUUGAACGUUGGGGUUUCUCCCAGUGCGAGUGAUACCGAGCACACUGACAAAAUAGCUUGCCAAGUUUACAGUGAUUUUCCUGUUGAAGAAUAUCCAUCAACUUACGAAGAAGCAGUGAAGUUUUACAAGAAGCUACCGUCUUUGAUAGGCAAAGAUGAAAUCGGGGUUCCAGUUGUGGUCUACCUGUUAACUCUAGAUAACUUGAAGUGCGCCUUGAAGAGAAAAAUGCGCCUUGAAGGAAGAAAGGGGAUCAGAGUUGAUUUGAUUGACAAAGCAAUUGAUAACAUAGAACAACUUCUGUCUGUCCUCACUGAAUGGAAAGACCUCGAGCUAGAAGAUAAUUUCCCAAGUUUGAAAAGGCAGCUUACAUUGUUCGUGGAAAUGGUGCAGAACUACACGACUUCCUUUAAGAAAAAAAUAUCUCAAUUAUGUGGAUCCGCGGAUGAUGAAGACUUCAAUGCCUUCUUGAAAGAGCAGGAAUUAGCCUCGGUUUUUUCAUGUUUCAUCUUAACGAGAAGAAGGUGGAAAUGAAAGCUCUGCAAGAGAUCUUCAAAUUACUCAACCAGGAGGGAGCGGCGGAGCGUACCCCGUUUGUCAGCAGCGAAAAAUUAAUGUCAUUAAAAUGUGACACAAAGCAUCUUGUAUGCUUGGCUUUUACACUAUCUUCAGAUGAAGAUGCUCAAUUUUUCAAUAUGCAAGCAUUCCUAAAGAAACGUGAAAUGCAGAAAUUUGAAGAAAUUUUCUUUCGCGCCAAAGAGCGUUUCAAGAUCCUCGAGGAAGAUAACCAGCGUAAUAUUGCUAAUAAAGUUAUGAAGUUUGUCGUCACGGAGGAACCUCUCAGUAGCCAGUGCUCUAGGUAAGUUUGCAUCAAGUAAAUAAGUAUAAUACAAGUCAUGCUGCCAACCAAUGAUAUUGUCGACCCAAAGCAGGAAUCAAACCGUCUGAACACGGCAAGACCAAGUUUUGUAAGUAUCAAUAGAUUUCAUAUUCAUGCGUAAUUGGCAUUUCGUGAAUAGAAAGUCGUGCCUCGAGACUCGCUUGCCCUUACUAAAUGGCUGAUAGUCUAUCUUUGAUUUUUGAUAUAUUAGUCACACUUCUGCCAUUAUAUAUUUUUAAUUAUAUUUGGCUAUCCUCUUUUAUUCGGAGUUUCGUUACGAAUGUUGAUACAGUAGCUUUAUGGAAAACCCCAAAAUAUGACUAGCUGGUUUCCAAUCAACCCUUAUGUAGUUCCAAAUUCCCAACCAACUUCGCAAUUGACGCGGCCAAAGUUUCAUGUUAUUUUUAAUUUUUAAAAGCAAAUUCUUCUUCUAGUGAAAUGCCUUGCGUGUAUGUGCGGUACUACUAUGAAGGCAAACUUCAAAAGAAAAACUUGAUGCCAUUAGAAGAAUCUCAAAACUUAAGAGUUGUGGACGUUUCUAGCGAUUCUGUCAAGCUUGCUUGGGAUUAUUCAGCGUUCCAACUCAAUGGUAAAGAAGAUAAAGUUCAAUAUAAAACAGGUCAUAAUGACUGGCAGACGUCAUCGGCGGAGUGUAAAGGAGGAAAGGCAACAAUUCAAGAACUUAAACCUGCCACGCAAUACACUUUUAGAGUUCAUGCACCCGAUCAGAUUUUCUUGACAGAAAUUGGUGAAACUAAAGUGACGAAAACCAAUCCUGCAUCAUAUUUUAGUAACGUUAUUGGAAGUAUCUGUAAUUUUACUGUGCAAGUUAGUCCAAUUGGUUUCAUGGCAGUAUGCGCGAUGAUCAUUGUGCGUUUGACUGCUUAAAUUAACUCUCCUGCAGAUAGCUCGGUCAAUAGGGAUAGAGAUAUACAGUAACUAACAGGCAUAGCUCGGCCAAGUACGAUAUAAAAACGUAACGGUUAUUUUAUCAGUAUAUAUUAUGUUAGUUUAUAGAAUAUAAUUUAGAGACUGCAUGGCUGCUUCUGUUUAAGAAAUAGAAAACAUUUUUCGUGUUUCUAUAGAGUUACUGUAUAGAAACACGCGUGGAAGUUUGGGAGAAACGAGAAAUUGCGUGGGAGCACAAAGUGCGAAUGAUUCCACGCAAUUUUGAGUUUCUCCCAAACUUCCACAAGUGUUUCUAUAACUCUAUAGGAACACGGAAAAUAUGUUUUCUAUUUCUUUUAUUAAAUAGCCUUUUAACAACAAUAAAAAAGAUAAAUAUAUUCAUUUUAAUUACAUUAUUCAAAUAUUAAUUCUAUCUUAAUAUACGUUCGUGUAAAGAAUAAUUAAAGCAUAGCCAAGUUAACAAGUAUACCGCUGUCAAAACAACAGACAGCACUUUACAGGCUUACAGUACUUUACUACUCAACAACGUACAUGCUUGCAAAGAAAGCACUGUUUUAAAUAGUUAGUAAACGAUUAAACAUGAUUAAAAACGAUAUUAAAUAUGAUUAGAAACGUCGAGAUGAAAUCUUUUUUAAAAAGACAAAGUAAAAUUAAAAUAUCUUACCUUGGGUAAACAGUCAAACAGAUACAACGUAUGCUGUAUUAUACUUUGUAUUUUGUGCUUUAGGUCUUCGCUUUUUUAUAAAGCCAUAUAAUGAACAUUUAUGAACACAGAUGCAUGAAUGUUUUCAUGCAACUCGUAAUGUUUAAAAAACAGCAGUGUUGUUACUGGAAUGCAAAAUUGCAUGAGCUUACCAUUUCAUGUAGCUUGCAAAGGUUUUGGGCUAAAAUACUGUCUUUUGCCCAAGUUGUUUGACCCUCGUCUUCUUGGGUUGCAAUAAUUUUGGCCAUUGCAAGACAUGGUACCGGGCGAAGGAAAAAUUUAUCCAGCUUGUUAGGCCAGUUGUAUAAAAAGGCUUAACUUAGUUAACUUUCAAAUGCGGGCUUUUGAUUGGGUAACUUUCGCCCUAACUCUAGUUAUUAACUUUUAAACUACUUUUUUGUACAACCGGCUCCAGGAAAGUAAAAUGAGUGUAUAAUUAUAAUGUAUAUAUUGAAGUUGUGUAUAAUAGAUUGUGACAUUAACUAGAAGUAACAUUUACUGCAGGGCUGUAGGUUUAUGAAAUGGUCAUUGAAUGUCAUUGUAUAUAUACAAAACAUUUUCUUAUAAUUACGGUAUACUGUAGUCACUAUCAAGGACGUUGAGUUGAAAUAAAACGCACAACUCAAGUAGAUUUUAUGCAGAGGACAACGAAAUAGCUAUUUAUUAACAUUUUUAAGUCAAAAGAAAAACUGACGAGUACUAUUAAAUUACCAGUAGUUGUACUUAUAUAUACACAAAAGAUUAAAUGUGUUCGAGACACAUUUACUGGCUAUAAACGUGCUGUAGUUUGAUGCAACUUAAUUCCUAUAGUUGAACGAAACUUGAUGAGAUUUGCAACUUUAGUUCAACGAACUACCCUCGUGCACUCUCGUUAUAUUUCAUCUUAAUCUCAGAGCGGAUUUGGUGGUUAUUCCCCCCUUCAAUCAAAAUUUUUAAAUUUGCACAAGAAGAACUAAAUAUCACCAUAUUUUGAAAGUGUCUGGGAGUCAAAGUGUCUGCCAAAAAAAAAAUUCACAUUCUCAUUAAUUAGGCUACUGCUGAAUCAGCAAAAACAUGCUUUAUUUGAAACAUGAUAUCUUAAGAAGGAUUUAUAUUAUUGUGACACAUUACAUAUUUUUUAAAAGCUUAAGACAUGAGCUAGUGCCUGAAAUUGUCCAUUUUUUAGAUAAAGCAUCAAGAAAAAAAAUAUGAAGAGAAAUGCAAGUUUUAUAUGAAAUUGUCAAAAUUUCACGGCUAAUUAGACAAUAAAUAUGAUAUAAUUAAUACGCAAUUAGCAAAUUUGACUUUCUGAGAAUGUCAGGCACUAGCUAAUACUAUGUAGAAUAAGUAUGCUAAGUAUAGAUGCAAUAUCUAAAAUAGUCUAAAAAUUAUCAUACCACAAAAGUUACCAAUGCUGCUAAAAUUGCUAAAUUGGCCGAAAGCUCGAUCCGGCUUGUGUCACAUUCUUGGGCACCUUUACAAGUAAAGACGCCUGGCUUUAUAUCCAUAUCCUGAAAUAUUUUAAUAAAGGAGAUAUCACCAUCAUUGAAUUUCAGGACAGAUAAAUAGGUAGCCAAGGCUACAGUUUGUUGUUCAACAUAUGUUGUCUUGGGGCAUCUAUUCCAGAUGAAGCCAUUUAGGCAUUCGUUCACGUUUUGUGUCAAGCCAUGGGUGCACUUCUCCAAUAGCUCAGGUUUACUCAAAUCAUCAAAAAUGGGUUUCACCAAAUCCACAAUACAUUUGGGGAUACCAUUUUUAUGCUUGCUUCCUUUGCUGUACCUUGCUUCAUAAUGUCGACAUUCUCCGUAUCAGUGCUAUAACUUGCACUCUGAUCGCCUAUUUUAGCCCCAGAAGGUCCACAUGCGUCAACACUAGGAUCGCCAUGUUUAGCCAGCUUGGGUUUCUUCGCUUGUUUUGAAGGUGGUUUUCUCGCCCUUUUUCGCGUUCUGUUACGUUCAUUUCCCAUUUAUAUGGCCAGAAUAACAAACAAUUUUUAUUAUACAAGAGAAAAACUUACUUCUGAACUUAAAUUUUGAGUACAACGACUAUUUUUGAAGAGAACCAACACUGUUUACUUUUCCACUCACGAAAUUUCAAUACAAUAUUCUGCUAUAAGUUAGUCCUCCCCCCCCUGCUCCCCAAAUGGACCAAUCACGAUAAAGCAAAAGAAAAACCUUCUAAAUAACAUACACCAAAAGUAGAAAUGAAAAACCAAGCAUUUUCGGGCAUUUUUUUAUGCAAUUUUGCUCUAAAAUCGCGUUGCUAAGGCGUUGCUAGGGAGCAAACUACAAUACUUUCCCAUAUUUUGGCCCUUUUAUGCAAGAUACACAACAUAUAUCCUAAAAUAAAUUAUGUAGCCACAAACUACAGUAGUCAAGGUACCUAAAUCACUUUAAACCUAUUUUUUAAUUUUUUUUUAAAAAAUGGCUGGGAAAGGGGGGAAUAACCACCUUUUAAAGCCCGGCGCACACUAUGUGCUUAGCAAAAUUUCACUCGUGACUACUUUCAUAUGCAAAUUCCCCCAGUGUGCAGUGACGUUUUGAGAGCUUUUUUUCACACGUGCCACCGGCGCAGAAUAUUAACAAUUUUCUCCUAAUCUGCGCACAGGAAAAGCAAACAGUUCACAAUAUUAUGCGAAUAUACGCAUGCGUGUUAAUUGCGUCUUAUAAAUCAAAAUGGCGGCGAGUUGUAGCUAGUUGUGUUGCCGAAUACGCAUGCGUCUUCGCAUAUUAUUGUGAGCUGUUUCAUGUGCGCACACUUUGAGGAAAUUGUCACUCGUAAGUCUAGUGUGCGCCAGACCGCAAACUACAAACUUCAAGUGGUAUUUUGAGGUGAACUGUUAGCUGUUCGAAGUGUGAACAAUUUGUUCACGAAAAUUGAAGCAGUUAAAUAAACUUGUAGAACUUACCUUACCUCACUGCAUGGUCGUUUCCCAGGUUGUAUAGAUUCGGAAAUUUUUUUCUGCAAGUGUUUUUUUUAUUUUGUAGCUUAAAGAUGGAACCAUCUUACGAAUUGCAAUCCAGUCUGUGGAAUCUCCGCUGUGGUGUAACCACGGUGACGAUGAUUAUUCAUUGACGGUGUUCCUCUAUUAUCUGAGAGGAAUAUUGAGAUUUUCUUAUGCUGUUUGUCUCAUCACUCUUCCAUCCCAUAUAAGCCAGGUACCCAGCAGCUUUUGCACUUCCAGGAAGGUCUUGAAUUCUUGUUUCUACUGUUGUGCAAUCAGGUUGAAGAUAUAUACGUUUGUGAAGUUGCUCUGAGUGUGUCCACACCGGGCAAGCUGAAAAGUUUCCUUGACCACGGUAGGAAUCGAACCCGCAAGCUUUGGUUUGUUAGUCCAAUGCUCUACCAACUGAA